AUUAUUAUGAUGUAGGGGGCCAAACUAUAUGGGGGGGGGGGAAUGAAUGCAUUCCUAUGCCCCACAAAUAACCCAGAGAGGAAUUUUAAAUAAAAGGACACAUUCUACUCAUGUAAAAACACACUGAUUCCCGAAUUGUCCGAAUUGUCCGCGGGCCGGAUUGAGAAGACGAUUGGGCCGCAUCCGGCCCCCAGGCCUUAGUUUGCCUACCCCUGGCCUGGGGAGCCACAUUCUGGUUGAAGGAGGCCAGGAUUGGCCCCCAAGGCCUGGGGUGUGCCUCCUCCCCUGCAGUAGGACAUGGAAUCAGGAGAAAACUCUUGGAAUAGCCUUGCCAGGUGCUCAGGGACGGACUCACCUGUCCCCAUGUCCUUCUCUUUGCAGAUGUGCUGCGGUUGCACAUCUCUCCCCCAGAGGUGAGUAUUGGAGAGAACCAGAGCAGGGACUCAGACCUGCCCUCCUUGCCCCCCACUAUGCUCUCUUGGAGGUGGAGAAGGGACUGACUUUUGCCUUUCAGCUGCUGGAGGAAGAUCAGCUGUACCUGCCGGAGGUGAUUCAGAACUGCCAGGCAGCUCAGCUCAGGGGGCUCCGAACCCUGAAGUGCUCCAAGCAGGAGAUGGCCAAAGCCAUCCUGGUGAGUGAUGGGUGGUGUGGGGGACCCCCAUGGGGAAGUGGGGGAGGGAGGGGAUUUGAGGAAGGGGUUCUCCGUCUGCCAGAGAGGAGGACCCUACUGGCCUAGGUUCACGUAUCCUGUUUGAAAGGGGAAUCAUCUUAGGGACUUCCUGUGGAAAUCUGGGUCAGGAAUGCUGUUCCCGGAAUUGACAAACACACAAGAUGUUAGCAUUUAUUUUAUUUUAUUUAUUUUUUAUUUUUUUUAUUUUCCCUUUGGGGACAUGUCCACCAAAUGUGGAAUAAGGUUCCCUCAUUUUGUCUGCAUCUCCAAUACUUAUUGCGGAUAAUUAUUUAUUUUGACUAAUUUGGAUAGGGUCAGGUACCAUCUAAAAAUUCAUGUGGUGAAUUUUAAGUCUUUUUUCAUAAUUUCCCCCAUUUUUCAUCUUCAUUGGAUAGCCACAAUCGUGUGCCCAUUUCACCACCACCUCCUUCACCUCCUAGUCCUUAAGGUUCCAGUCCAGUAACAAUCUGUGUGGUUUUGAUAAUAUCUUUGUAUUAUUUAAUAAUAUUUUUUUUUAAAAAAAAUCCGCUGUUGUUCUGUCAAGUCCAUUUAUUCUUUGUCUGGAAAAAAUUGUUUAGCUGGUAAUCUAUCUUUUUUACUUUUGUUUUCCUUUUAUAUUUUUACUUUUUUGUACUUUAAGCACAUAAAAACAGUAGUAAUUAUAUGGAAAUGUGAUAAUAAUAUUGAAAUGAAUAAAAUGCUUAACUCGCCAAGAUUUUUAUUGUUUGAAGCUUCCCAAGAGAACUGAAGUAGAUUCUCCCCCUUUUGGCUUUUACCUCUUACCUUUAUAACUGUCUCUUUAAGUCCCAAAAGUCCUGCCCCACCCUCCCGCUUACAGGAUAUCCCUUCUACAGAUGUCAACGCAGACCCAACGAUGGAAAACCCUCAGCCCAAUUCCUCGUGACCACAAGACUAUUUGGGCUGCAGCAACAACAACAAAAGACACCAGAGUGGCCACAGCUAUCUCUUUCCAAAGGAUACAGACGGACAGGGAAGGGGCUGACAAAGGGGGGAAAGUUGAAUUGCAAGCACAUAAGACUCUGUGCCCCAGGAUUGAAAAGAUAUGUAAAAGAUCACGAUUGCCUCAAGAUAUGCAACUGAUUAUUUAAUUAGUAUGUUGUGUGUUAUUAUGUAGGAAUGCUGUGUCUGACAGUAUGUUAUUUCCACAAAGGGGGGACCCAAUUUUUGUGUAUAAUGGUCUUUAUGUUCAAUGUAUAAUGUCUUAUUGCCUACACCCCAAUGGAGGAUUCUCAUGCUUUUUAAGCUUUCAAAUAGAUCAGGCUAUUGCGUAGUCCAGUGUUUAGAUUAGCUCAAUUUAGGACCACAUUUCCUUGCUCCACCUGGCACUCUGCAGUGUGCCAAACUUCUCUAUCCAUUUUUAAAUGGUUUUAAAUUCACUUCACCAAGAAUAAGCUUCAGGAUCCAUUAAACAGCAGAUACAUGAAGGUGCAUAUGCUUUGAUUUAGCAGGAAUGGUCCCUUAUAGAAUUAAAUUGACUAAUUUGGACAACUGACCUUUUUAGAAUGGUUUUUCACAGAUUGCUUUGAAAAGCUGAGAACCAUGGGGCUAUAUAAGUUCUAACUGGACUCAGUUUGAACUGGGCAAGUGUAUCCAGGCUGCAACUGAGCAACUUCCCUAGAGUCCAAGACCAGAGCCUAUAAUAAUAAAAAUCCCAUAGAAAGGCCAAGGCAAAGAUAUAUCUCUCAAGAAAUGUCCAUACCUGUGCCACUACAAGGUGACAUGGUCAAUAUGAAAGCCCUACACCAGGGAUUCACCAGGGAUUGUUGCUGCUGUGGUAUGAUGGAGGUGUGAGACCAGAGGAGAGCUAGCUUUGACACUGGGAACACACAAAAAAGGCAGAAACAAAACAAACUGCAUUUUCCACUCAUUAUUUGACCUGCCCCCUAAGUGUAAAGCAUAGAGCAUUAAUGAGAAUGUUUAUCCCAAAAUGCUAGAAUGUCACAAGUAAUUUAGAAACAAAAUGCAACAUGCAUUUUUUUUUUAUGUGAUAUCCUAUGUCCAGCUAUGUGCACUGCUGCACUUGCAAAUAGCCUUAAGAGGCCUGACAUUCAAGUCUCUUAAGAUUUACACGAAGGCAUCCAUUUACAACAUGCCAGGUUGUUAUUUGUGGGGCAACAAUUUUUUAGAAAAAAAAUAUAGCCCCAAAGGGGGG